AUGGUGGAUGGAGUGAAGCGUACUUUUCUUCUUUGCUUAGUCUUCAAUUUCGUCUGUGCUAGAAAGAGGAGAAUAGCAUCAAACAGAAAAAAUCAUCUCUCAACAGAAUGUGGAGUAUCUUCAAUGCCGACGGAGGAUGAUGCUCAGCCUGAGCAGAUACGGCGCCGGGAGUCCUGGACCAGUCUUGCAUGUCCAAGGCGAUACUGUACAGGAAAUCUGAUCUACCUCCGUGUUCUCUGGUUGUAUUUUCCAGAUUGUGCAGGCGCUUAUCAGAUUCUCUAUCAUCCCUCACGAAGGUUACCGGGGAAAUCAUUUAGAACGGAUGUAUCACUAUUAUACGAUGGGUGCAGUAGUAUAUUCAACCCCCAGCCAACCUUGUGCUGGGGAAGCAGAGCAGCAGCUCCCUUCCAUAUGCGAAACGUGGACGGGGACCACCUGCCUCACAUGAUACUUUCUUUGUCUAUCGACAUUUAAGUAGGAUAUGUCUGGCCUUGGAUGGAGAUCUGCGCCUCAUGGUUGCUAAGCUUUUUACCAGGCGAGAUCCAUCGUUAACUGCCCAUGAUUGCUUUUGUGGCAUCGGGGUCAUGUUGCUUGGUUGCUUCUGCAUUUGAUUCUCUAAUCAUCUGUGGCACACCAGCUUGCAACGCCAGAAAGUUUAUAUCCAUCCAUGCCGUCUGAAAUGCUCUCUCGAUCACACUGGCAUGACGUCCAGUCUGCUAUGUCUUACGAGCAUGGUGCGUGGAGAAUUAGGCAUCUGUAAAAUGUGGCAAACAUGGUCAGGUCAAGUGGAGGAUUAGGCAUCUGCACCAUGUGGCCAAAAGCGGUUAGGGCUAAGAGCAGAUCCCAGCGAUUGUAUCGGGAAACAAACUGCAGUGAAAGACCACGCUUGGAGUCUCAGGCGCC